AUGCCUGCUUUUGACCAGCCCGUGGAUUCGCCCAAGAAGGGCCGAAUCGUAAAGUCGGCGUACGACAGCGAGAGCUUCGAGGCCGAUGGCUCAAUCCAUGUUGAAGGCGUUGUCGGCUCUGCUACUAUCUCACCUUCGGGACGGGAUAUUGCCCUGGCAUCACCCGAAGGACUUGCAAUUAUUGACUUGGACUCGCCAUACAGCCCGCCACGGCGUCUGCGAGGCUCUGGCCAGCCAUGGCUGGUUGUUGAUGUGCAGUGGUCUCCAUUCACUGCCCGAGACUACUGGGUUGUUUCGACGGCGAAUCACCGCGCAUUGGUGUGGAAUCUCAAUCUCAGAGAUGAUUCAAACACUGGAGCAAUUGAACACUCCCUCCAAGGCCAUACCAGAGCCAUCACAGACGUCAAUUUCUCUGCUCACCACCCCGACCUCCUUGCAACCUGCUCUGUAGAUGGCUAUGUGCACUGGUGGGAUCUCCGUCGGCCUCGCCAACCAGUGCUUACUUUUUGCGACUUUUUUGCCGGAGCUACUCAAGUCAAGUACAACCGCCGGGAUCCUCACAUCCUAGCUUCGUCGCAUGAUCGUUGGUUGCGGAUUUGGGAUGAGCGAAAGGUUUCUGAGCCCGUGAAGUCGAUUGACGCACACACAUCGAAGAUUUACGGAUUAGACUGGAAUCGAAGCAACUCGACAGGCCUUGUUACGUGCUCAUUAGACCAGAGCAUCAAAUUUUGGGAUUAUAGCAAUGACGGCGAUGAAUUGGAACAUGUUAUUCACACCGAGUACCCGGUUUGGAGAGCCCGCCACACGCCCUUUGGCUAUGGUCUCCUUGCGAUGCCGCAGAAUGAACCUGGCGACUUGUACAUGUAUGACCGAUUGUGGUCAAAAGACGAGAGUAAGGAUGCAUCGCCGACACCGGUUGCUGUGUUUCCUGGCCAUGGAGAUCAUCAAGCAAAGGAGUUCCUCUGGAGAACUCGAGGCGGGGUUACGGAAGAUAACCUUGAUGAUCGAGAUUUCCAACUUGUAACCUGGGGUACGGAUAACGAGCUGAGGCUUCAUUGCAUUGAUCCCAGUAUAUUUUCGGCAGUGGGAUACAAAAAGGGGUCUCCAGCUUUGGGCGGAAUCAGUACUACUCGGAAGGGGGCGACUUACAAAACAUUCCGGACAGUUGAUGACGCCUCUACAAUCGAUAAACGGGCGAGUACGAUGAAGGAUUCUAAAACUAGCACAGGCGGGCUUGUGCACAAGCAAAGCGCCCUUACAGCUGCUGCACGGUCUUCUCCGCAUAUUGGCCGUCAGAUGAGGCCGGCAUGGCGUGGGCCAUCAAUGAAAGCCAACAAUCCAGUUGGUAAGAGACUGGAUCCAAGCCAAGCUCAAAUUGGUUGGAUGAAAGGCAUUAGCUUUACGAAGAGAAAGGGCCUGAUGGAUGCCCCCAGACGGCUAAUGUCCAAGGAUUCUGGCAUCAUGGGCCACGGCUAUGGUGAUGACCAAUGGGGCGAACCUGAUACGAUCCAAGAAGAGCUCUUGCGGGUCAGCACACAGAUUCCGAAAGUCAAAUGGGAUAAUAUCGAUAUGGAUAACCUGACACUGAGUGCCUCGCUCAAUGGUCCUUGGGGUAAAGACGGAGAAAACAUAUUCAUCAAGGUGAAGAUUGAUAUACCUACAGAGUAUCCAAAGCUCAAGGCACCGAGAUUUACCAUCGAGAGAAGCUCUUUUAUGCAGGAGGAAAUGUACAAGCGACUUGACCGAGAGCUUCACGAGCUUGCAGAUCAAUUCCUGCGAAGGAAACAAAAUUGCCUGGAAGUAAUUUUCACCUAUCUGCUGGGUGAAGUUGACCUCGAAUCCAGCACCACCUUCUUUAAGAACGUUCGUGAUUUAGAUGAUGAUCUCGAUGGGCUUGCCGACGAUAGUUCCACGGACGAAGAAGAGGAUAAUCCAGUUGGCGGGUCGGUAUCUAUGUCUCAGGAAUUGCCUCCUGCUGACGCAGACACUGCCAUCGCCAUUCCGGCUCGUACUAUAGUUCCGCCGCCUCCUUUGACAUGUGGCGCUCGAUUCUCGCAUGAUGGACGACUCAUUUGCUUCUUCCCUACAAAGGAAGAAAAAGCACGUGUUUUGUUCCAAACAUCUGCAGAUGUGAACAAGGACCGCCCAAGGUUGGACCAGCCGUUCUUUGCUGGCUUUGGUCGCUUAACACACGAUCCGCCUCCGCGAUACAAGUAUACUACCGAGGAGGCAUCAGCUACGGAUGAUCAAUCAGAUUCUGAUGAGUCGGGCGAGUCAUCUUCUUCAUCAAGCGACUCCGAGUCUACAUCGAUAAAUAAGAUGAGUCUUUGGUAUCACUCAAGCCGACAUCUCAGAAAGGCCUGGAGUGAGGAUCGAUCCAUCCGAUCUAGUGGUGGUGGAACCGGGACUGGAAUAGGUACCGGCACAGGUACUGGGACAAGCCGCCGAAAAAUAGGUCGACCUCGAAAUGCAGUCUCUAUCCAUGACCUGCGACCAGAUCUGCCCUCCAAACGGGAAUUUGCUCAGGAGUAUGCCAUCUUUGGCGACGGAGCAGAUGUUUGCGAACACAACGCAAGAGUUGCAGAGAAGUACGGCUAUCCUGAUCUGAUGAGUGUAUGGCAGUACUUGGCCUUGCUGUUGAAGAAAGGGAUACCGCUUGAGGUCCUGGCUAGCAACCAGAGACGAGCCUCUAUCCUUGUCAUUGCUCGAGACAGUGUAUCCAAGACUCGCGCCAUCGAUGAUGAGCAAAGCCUCACUCCAGCAGGAGACAAUGCUUUGUUAGGUCGGGUGAAAUGGGGUCGACAUCCGCUGGCAAAGGACUUUAUUCAAGAGCUUUUCAACUAUUUUGAAAAGAUUGCCGAUAUACAAAUGUUGGCGAUGCUUUCUUGCAUCUUUAGCGAUUCUUCGACUGAUGAUAGCGUUGCCUAUGUGGAAUCGCAGCUUCCAUCUCAGGAAACACCGCUCCCUCUCAAGGCACCAUCAUUCUCACUAGACUACUUUCCUACAGAUGCUACGAUGUGGAAUAUCUAUGGUCGGGGCAUACCGCAUUCGAAUGUGACUACGCCCGGCACUCUUCACACACCUCUACCUUAUGCGGGCUCACACGCGUCGGACGAUGGAAUGACAUGGACAGGCGAACCCGGAACCAAUUCAUACUCGUGUGGCGAGACCCCACCGCCAAAAGCGAGACCUCUGACAGCCGAUGCAGACCCUCCUCCAACGAUGUUAUCGCGGUCUCCCUCCACCUCUAACCGACCUCUUUCACGAGUUAGCACUGGGCUCAGUUCGGCGUUUUCAACCAACUUCUCGCGAUCAUUUACCGGGGCCAGCUCCUCGUCGCCGCCCGCGGGGCAAUUAAGGAAGAAACCAAGCCCGGCAGAAAUGAUUCUGAACACACUGACACCACGUACCGGAUAUGCCAGCGCUGGGCCAUCUUAUCCUGUGGGAGACUCUAGCGGAGGAAGGAAUUCUGUGUCAGACGACGAGUACCGUCGAGACGAUACGCUGUCUCUCGUGCCAGUGAGCGUCUCUGUCUUUGUUGAGGAUCAGACAAUAUUCGACGACGACGGCUGGCUAAGUGAGCCUCUACUGGAGCCAAGCCGCACCAACAUUUAUGCCAACUACCGCUACGCAUAUGCUGAGAUGCUCCAGAUGUGGAGACAGCCCCUUGCUCGUCUUGAAGUCAUGAAGUUCAAUGUCUUGAAGGAUGAAUCGCCUUUUACUGGAGCAGAAGGGAGUUUCCACGACUCGUUCACACUCCAGGACGGUGCGAGUGGGAACACAAACCAUCUCAAAACGGGAUCAUCGCCUAUCAUCAUGGGCAAGAAGGAUCAGCUGCAAAUCCUAGCCGCCUCGGGUCGCGGCUUGGACGUGACGGGAAUCUGCCGCGUCCAUGAGACUCAAUUAGACCCGUUGCGAUACUCUUCGACCGAUUCCAAAGUCGGCGGGGCCGUGGGUAACUGCGACCGCUGCCGUCGUGUGCAGGGCCAGCUCCGCUGCGUAUACUGCUUGGAACCUGUAGAUGCCCUCUUCCCACCCUGUCUGACAUGCGGGUGCUCAAGCCACGAGGAGUGUCUCGCAGAAUGGCAUGCCGCAGGUGAGAUGUUUUGCCCUGCCGGCGAUGAAUGCAACUGCGUCGAGCAAGCUUCCAACGGCCAGGUGGAAUCGUGGGCUGCUCUUCGGGGCGCCGUGAUGAAGUCGCAGUCACAGUCCAAGCUGUCGAUGCUGCCGGGCCCGGCGUUGGGUGAAAAGGACGAAGAGUAUAGAUAUGAGAAGAGGAGCAACAUUGCUGGUAAUGGGGAAGACAGCAACGGCGACUGGGAACGAGUCGGUAAGAACGUGCCGAGCAGGGCCCAGGGCUCUAUAACAACUCCAGGACUGAGUUUUGUACGCUUCAAGACGCCUGCGGGUGCAUGGUCAAGGGCGUCGAGCCAGAGGCGAAACGGGAAGAGGGGGACUUGA